UGGGGAGAAACAGUCUGUCUCACCCGGGCUCCCCUGCGCCGGGUCGUGUCCGGUCCUUGCCUCCCCUCCGUGCGGUGCUCGGUGGUGGUGGCCCAGCCGAGUUCCGGUUCCGGUUGCUGCCACCGCCGCCGCCGGCCUUAGGUGUCCCUGGUGAGCGCAGUUUGCGUUCCGCGCCGCAUCGUGCCGCUUGCUACCUGUAGUUUAGGGGCUCGUGUUGCCCCUGACUCCCAUUCUGGGCGAUGGUGCGGCCUGAGGCCGCCUCCAUCCCCUGCCGCCACUGACCCGGGUCCUCCACUCCAUGGCCGCCUCGGCGCCGCCCCCACCGGACAAGCUGGAGGGAGGUGGCGGCCCCGCACCGCCCCCUGCGCCGCCCAGCACCGGGAGGAAGCAGGGCAAGGCCGGUCUGCAAAUGAAGAGCCCAGAAAAGAAGCGAAGGAAGUCAAAUACUCAGGUGACAGACACAGCAGCCUUAGGAACCUCAGCAACUAUGGCCUCCUGCCCUGACUCGGAUAAUAGCUGGGUGCUUGCUGGUGCAGAGAGCCUGCCCGUGGAGACCCUGGGUCCAGAAUCCAGGACAGAGCCUGAAUCUGAGAGAGCUGCUCAGGUGUCUCAAAGCCCCUCCAAGGAAGAUGGUGAAGAAUUAGCUGGGACCUUGGAUGGAGAAGAGAACUUUUUCCAGAUGGAAAACCCCCAGACCAGUCCCACUGUGCCUGAGGAGACUGAGGCCAAGGUCGCUGUGGGAAGAGAUGGUCCUGGUGAGGAGCCUCCUGGCCCAGGAGACACAGUGGUCCAGGGAGACUUGCAGGAGACUUCCAUGGCAACAAGCCUGGGCCCAGACACACAAAACCUAGAUGACCUGCAGGAUCUGCCUUCCAGCCCCAAAACAGCUUGGAUUAGGGAGGAGGACUGCUGCUCCACCAGUGACAAUGACACCGAUGUGGACAUGGAGGGUCUGCGGAGACGACAGGGCCGCCGACUCAGCCCGCCUCAGACAGUGGCAGCUUUGGGUGUGGAGGACCAGGCCAGGGGCGAGGUUGCCAGUGGGGAACUGGGCAUCUCACUCAACAUGUGUCUUCUUGGGGCCAUGGUUCUGCUGGGCCUGGGGAUCCUCCUCUUCUCUGGUGGAUUCUCAGAGUCUGAGACUGGACCCAUGGAGGAAGCAGAGCUUCAGGUCUUCCCUGAUAGUGGCUCAGACUCUGAGUUGAUGAAUGUUGCAGGUCAUGGACAGGAUGGGCUAAGGGAACAGCUGCAGGCCUCAGUUUCUACUGAUAGUUUCCCCAGCCUGCAGAACAUGGGCCUUCUGCUGGACAGGCUGGCCAAGGAGAACCAGGACAUCCGGCUGCUGCAGGCCCAGCUGCAGGCCCAGAAAGAAGAACUUCAGAGCCUGAUGCAACAGCCCAAAGGGCUGGAGGAAGAGAAUGCCCGGCUCCGGGGGGCCCUGCAGCAGGGCGAGGCUUCCCAGCGGGCCCUGGAGUCAGAGUUGCAGCAGCUGCGGACCCGGCUUCAGGAGCUGAGGGAUGACUGUGUGCAGGGCCCAGAUGGGGUGUGCCUCAGCCAGGGUCAUGUCCCACAGGGUGGCAAGGCUACCACAGAUGAAGGCCACCGGGGGCAGGAGCUGGGGUCUGUCUUCCUAGAGGAGAAACUGAAGCUGGAGGCAGAGGCCCAGGUACUAAGGAGGGAGCUGCAGAAACAGCGGCAGCUGCUCGGCUCUGUGCAGCAGGACCUACAGAGGAGUUUGCAGAAUGUUGGCCGAGGGGACUCAGCUCAUGCUGGCCUUGCUGAGCUGGGCCACAGAUUGGCCCAGACUCUGAAGGGCCUGGAGAACUGGGGCCCGGACCCUGGGGUCUCAGCCAAUGUCUCAGAGGCCUCACAUCAGAAGCCCCGAUGGGCUGGAAAGGAGAAGUGGCAUGAUGGGCAGAGGGACAGAAAGACUGAGCACUGGAAGCAUAAGAAGGAGGAGUCUGGCUGGGAGAGGAAGAAGAGCUUUGGGAGUGAGGACAGGGAGCUAGCAGGGAGGCGGAAGGAGGACAAACCAAGAGGGGAGUGGAGGGAGGGCCGAAAGGAUGGGAAACGACGGGACCUUAGAGAACCUGCAUGGAAAAGUAGGAGUCAUGACUCUGGAGAAAGAAAGAAGCAUCACCGGGGGAGAGAAGGGGCUAAACACAGUCAGGACUCCCUGCCAUCCUGGAAGGAGCUGUUGAGGCGAAAGUACAAGGCACCCCAGGGCUGCUCAGGUGUGGUUGGAUGUGCCCGGCAGGAGGGCCUGGAAUUCUUUGGCACAGAGCUGGCUCCAGUGCGGCAACAGGAGGUGGCCUCCCUACUGAAGACAUAUCUUGAGCAACUUCCCUGGGCCGGGCAGCUGACCAAGGAGCUACCCCUCUCACCUGCUUACUUUGGUGAGGAUGGCAUCUUCCGGCACGACCGCCUCCGCUUCCGGGAUUUCGUGGAUGCCUUGGAGGAUAGCCUGGAGGAGGUGGCAGUGAGGCAGACAGGUGAUGAUGAUGAGGUAGAUGACUUUGAGGACUUCAUCUUCAGCCACUUUUUUGGAGACAAAGCACUGAAGAAAAGAUCAGGGAAGAAAGACAAGCAUUUUCGGAGUCCCCAAGUUGUGGGGCCCAGGGAGGAGCACAGCCACCACCCCCAGCACUACCACCGUGGCUGAGCCCUGCACCUGUGGACAUAGCUUUGGAGCCUCAUGAUCCUGGAAGUAUCUGACUCUUGGCUUCAAUGGACUAUUCAGCUAGCCUCUCCUGGCUUGGCUGGUGUCUUUGGGUAUCCUUCACAGAGGAGAGCAGAGCUCCCAGCCCUACACCUCUACCACUUUCUCUAGAAAAGGCAUUAUUUGAACCUGCCUGCUGUCUAUACAAAUGUGUGCAAAUGUGGAGGGCCCUGGGCCCUGCAGCCCAAUUGUGAGUGCAUUGCACCUAUGUGAAAGGGGUAUGGGAAAGGGCCCUGUUUUCAGGGGGCGGAGGGCAUUCCAAUUCCAAAGCCAGAGAGCUCUCACUGUGUGCCUCCCGCUCCACACAUUGACCUAGCACCCCUGGGACUAACGAACUGCUGGCAGGAGGCCCAGGGCCAGGGCUUACUGUGGGGUUUUGUUAGAUUUGGAAGCAUCUGUCCCUAGAGGGUGAAGUCCCUUUUCCCCCUGCUUCUCACGUGGCCUAACUUUGCCAUGUGAGCCACAGACUCAUGGCAGGGAUGCCUGUCACUUGGCACUCAGCCUUUCUCCCAGCUCUUUACCCUUGCCUGCUCUCCCACCAAGCCCAGACACUCUGGGCUGGAACUUACCCAUGAGUUCACAGCUGCCAUGCCUGCACCCACUGGAGAAGUAGAAGAGAACAUUGGCUUUGGAGUGUGAACCUUGGGCCCAAGUCUGUGCUAAGUGAUCUUGGGCAACUUAAUUUCUGUAAACCUUGGGUUUCUCAUCCUCCAAAAAGGAUCAAAGGGCUGAGAAAGAAAUUAAAUAAAGUGAUAGCUGCCCAGG